CAGCUCCAGUCUGCGAUUGGACAAUCGAGACGCCAAUCAAACCUCAGGCAAACGGUACUGAGCUGGAGGGCAGGGCUUGUCGGAAUACGUGUGGGAAGAAAAAAUAACGCGUGCAAGAGACACUCGAUUACUCAUUCUGUCCAGGUACAGCGGAAGCCAGCCGACCAGAGGCGCUCCGCUCCUGCCAUUCUUCAGUGUGUGUGUUUGUGUAUGUGUAUGUAUGUGUGUGUGUGGAUGUGUGCAACCUGCGCGCCAGAUCAUCGGUUCGUUUUGAGCAGCAUUAUAGUGCCUCUUGCAGCAGCUGCGGUGGCAUCAAAGGCUUUGCCUCCUUGGGAAUUAUAGGAAUAGACUGACGUACACCAUCUCCGAUUGAGUGCAAGCAACCGGUUUGUCGGGUGCGCUCGUGCGGGGAAAUGAUGCAUUGAGGACGGGCUGCUGCUUUGCGGUCAUUCCUCCGAGCUCUAUUACAUCCACCUCGAUCGGGAGAGCUGUGAAUAUUUCGUGUAGAAAAACAAUAAUGGCUACUCUUUUGCGAAAAAUCGGUCUCAUUCGUCUGCACGACCGAGACACGGAGGACCCGAAGCAUCACCACCAGGGCUCGUUGAAAGGGACUAAAGGGAACCAGAAAAACAACAACACGAAGCACUGCAACAACAGCAACGAGACCAACAACAUCCUCAGCACGCCAGAAAUCAAAGCCAAGCACUUCGACGUGUCCGGGAAGGACAAGCCGGCCGCCAGGCAGGACAAACCGAGCAAGGACACGAAGGAGACGCAGCAAACGGGGGGUAGCAAAUCGACGAGCGCGUCCGUGGUGCCUCCGCUGGCGGCUAACCGACAGCACUGCACCCAGGUGCGGACGCGGAGACUGAUGAAGGAGCUGCAGGACAUCCAGCGGCUCGGCGAUAACUUUAUAACGGUGGAGCUGGCGGACGAUAACCUGUUUGACUGGAACGUCAAGCUGCACCAGGUGGACAAGGACUCCGCGCUGUGGCAGGACAUGAAGGAGACCAACACCGAGUUCAUACUGCUGAAUGUCACCUUCCCCGACAAUUUCCCCUUCUCUCCGCCGUUCAUGCGCGUGCUCACGCCGCGGCUGGAGAACGGAUACGUGCUGGACGGCGGCGCGAUCUGCAUGGAGUUAUUAACGCCUCGCGGCUGGUCGAGCGCGUAUACCGUCGAGGCCGUGAUGAGGCAGUUCGCUGCCAGUCUGGUGAAAGGACAGGGUCGCAUCUGCAGGAAAGCAGGCAAGUCUAAGAAGGCAUUUAGUCGCAAGGAAGCCGAGGCUACCUUCAAGAGCCUUGUGAAGACCCAUGAGAAGUACGGCUGGGUUUCCCCUCCCGUGUCUGAUGGCUGAUGUCAGCGCCUUCGACCUAGCGACCUUGACAUGGCUUUUUCAGUUGGGUUUUUCUUCUUUCUUCAUCAUCAAACUUAUCUACAAAAAAAAAAAAAAGCUACUGCAUCAUAUCUUACACAUCUUGAUCAACGUGGCACAUACACCGUCCCAUCCACCCAUUCGUGUUUAUCGAGGUACCAUGGACUGAAAACUGGCUGUGACAUCACAAUGAUUCAUGAGCUGGCAUCAUUACAGCUGCAUACAGCAAAGGACUUUGGAAAUGAAUGAGGCUCCAAGCAAAGUGAAAUGUGCACCAACUAACCACAACCUUACUAGAUAUCCCAGUCUAUCUUUCUUUGUGCCCCCCAUACACACACACACAUACUUUCUUUUUGUGUCUGACAAUGUGUUGCACUGAACAGCAUCAGACUUGUCCCCAUUGACUUUGUUAAUGCUUAAUAGAUAGGCAGAUCAUUGAGGUUUGGUUUUUCUUGUUUCCUCCUCAUUGGCUGUGCUGUUUUUCACAGUUGGAUGCAAAAUGAUGAUUGUAUGAUGAGCUGUGCUCUUCUCUAUUCAUUUUCUCUCUCUCUCUCUAUCUCUAUUUCUCUUUACGCGUGGCAAAAUUUAGACAUCACUGUGUUGCGUAAAUGGUAAUUGAUUUCCAAUGGAGAAAAAAUAAUAAUCUUGUUGCUUAUGCAGAGGUCCAAGAUGAAAAAAAAAGAAAAAAAAACAUGGUAGUGGACCACCUAUGUUGGUCAUUAUAUCAUAUGUUUUUGGAGAAGACCAAAAGCUCUUAAAGGAAUUGUUUUUCCAAAAAUUUUCAGAAAUUCUGCCAUCAUUUACAAACCGUCAUGUCUUUCGAAACCUGUAUGGCUUUCUUUUUUCUGUGGAACACAGGUGUUAUUUGUAGCUGAAUGUCCAAGAUGCUCUUAGUCUUUUCCAUACAAUGAAAGUGAAUGGUGACUAUGACUGUCAAGCAAGAUUUUCAGUGAAUAAUGACUUGAAUUUCACUCAGUUCCUCACACAAAGCUAUUGUAUGGUUUGAGAUUACUAGUAAUAUAGUGCACGAGUCAUAUGGACUUCUUUUUAUGAUGAUUUUAUGGUGCUUUUUUUGGAAAAGAAAAGCUUGGACAUUCUACUAAACUUCUCUUUAUGUGGAACGUCUUUUCCAUGGAAGAAUGAAAGUCAUAUGGGUUUGAAACAACAUGAGGGUGAGUAAAUGACAGAAUUUGUAUUUUUGGGUGAACUAUCCCAUUCAUUUUAAUGAUUUAGGUACCAGAUGGCAUUAAUGAAUGUCAAUGUCCCUGUGGGAUUGUUGCGUAUCUGCAAGAGUGAGGAAUGUGUAGCAUGUAACAGACAUGGUAACGUUUGCACAUGUGGUUUAUGUGAGAUCUUUGAGUAUCCAUCAUGCCAUCGGUCCCCAUGGACUACUAAAUGUCAGAACAAAGGCGAAAAUGUGUGGACUGAUCCCAUGUAAUGCUUUAACUUGGCACCGCUACAUGCCGAUGCCACGGUUUAUGCCCCAAACACUAUCAACAUUAAUUGUGCUGAUUUGCUUGUGCUAUUUCGGCUCAUAGAUCGAUAUGCUUGUGGUUGUGGGCCCAAUUCCUCUGCCUUGCACCUAAUCUGCAUCACUGUGCUGUUGUGCUUGAUCAAUACUAGACUAGAACAACUGUAAACAGGACAAAAUGGCCAACAGCCCAACAUCAUACUUGAACUGCGUGAAAUCAACGCUCAAGCAUCCUUAUGACUUCAAAUCUGGACUCUUUGAGGUGGUACAUUGUGUACCUGGUACCACCGCUAACGAUAAGAGCCAGAUGAAGAUGGACAGAAGAGGAGAGAGAGAGAGAGGCACUGAGAGGGCAACUCCUUUGUUCAGCAGCCUUGAGAAAUGAGGGCAGCUCGUUUAGUUGCCUGAUUGAUGCUCUGAAAGAGCCUUGGUGUUUAUUGACUUCUCCUUCAAAUGUCAGCGUGAAGCCGGAACACCACAAGACUGCAUCUGUAGCAAGCGCUGAGAUGCUCUGUUUAUUUAAGGCCCCACCCUACCAAUGGCGCUCUCCGCAUAGUGUCUGAAAUACAAAUGACAAGAUGGUUUAAAAGGGAAGAUAAUUUCUGUGUUGUAAACAUAAUAGGUGUAUUAAAGGAAUGGUUGAGCCAAAAUAAAAACAAAAAAUCUGUCAUUAUUUACUCACCCUAUUGUUGUUCCAAACCCAUAUGACAAGUUCCUUUAUUUUCUGUUAAACACAAAAGGAGAAAUGUUGAAGAAUGUACUGGCCACUCUUUUCUGUAUAAUGAAAGUGAAUGGGGACUGGGGUUGUCAAGCUCCAAAAUAAAAAAUAAAUAAAUAAAAAAAACACCAUAAAAGUAUCACAAAAGUAGUCCACGGCACAGGGCCGGCUUUAGGCAUGGGCAGGGGUGGGCUGAGCCCACCCAAAUGCGAGUCUUGCCCACCCAAUAAAACAUUUGGGAAACAUGGUUUUAAAUAAAAAAAAAUAAAAUUCUCCAAUUUGUGCAUUGGUUAAAAGCAAUAUGGGGCGGGCUGUGUUGCAAACAUUGAGGGUGGGCUAUAGACUGCCCAACCAAUCACAAAACAGCACCAGAAAUGUUUGGUGUUUUUCUAUUUUUGUCAUUGGCCGAAAGCAACGACACACUCAAGAAGCGGAUGCUGCAAUCCAGAGAGUCCAAGACGUUACGCAAGUGAGAACGGUAAUAAGAGAUAUUUUUGUGCAAUGUAUAGGUUUUUAGUGCCCAUAUAGAAGCCUGGUGCUGUCUCAGUGUGUAGUGACCAUGUGGCUGCUGUUAAUGUAUCACAGGCUCCCUCUUAUCAAAUAUAUCCCUCUCCCUCCACAUCAGCUACCCAAAAUCGUGCUGCGGGUGUUCGUGAAGUACUGGACCUGAAUUAUAAAGUAGAGAUUUGUGCAGAAUGGAUUUUUCACACCAGCUCCCGAGAAAUUCUGUCCCACUCCCGAAAAAAAAAAAAAAAAUAUAUAUUUUGUCCCGCUCCCGCCUGCAACUUUCACGUUUUGUUCCACUCCCGCCCACAAAAGCCUGCAGGUAGUGGUCUGUGUGAACUUUUCAGUCCCACUCCCGUACUAUUCUGUCCCUUCUAUCAUGGGCUAUUUUUAAUAGUCUAUUUAUUUCGUAAUUCCCAUACGAAAAAAAAUAAUGGGUAGAGAGAGAAAAAAUACGUUUUGUUAACACAAACAUUGCCAAAUAUCUGUUUGACCUUUGGUUGCUUUCAAAGUUUUGUUUGUACAUUUUUUUAAUAAAGCAUUAACAUCCAUAGAACUGGGAUUUUACGCUGCAUGGAGCACAAGGAAGAAUUUGUAUGAAUCAAUCCUGUGCUUGUAAAUCGUUAAUUUGUUUGUUGCUCUUGCGCAAUAGACGGAUAACAUGAAUAACACUCUGUACCUUAAAUACAUGAAAUAAAUUAAUUUUAUUUUUUAACAACAUGGCAUUACUUUCCAUCCAUCCAUCCUUCCAUCCAAAUUCCUGUGUUCCCUAAAUUACUUUACACAUAUAAUUUCAUUGGUAAAAAUAUCAAUGCCCUUUGCUAUCCUACAAAGGCCAUACUCAUUUGAAACUGAGAAAAAUGGCUUGAAUUAUUUUGAUGUGGAUUUUGUUGUUACUGCAUUUUCACACAAUGGUUUCUCUGAAUGUCAGCUAACGAGACAAACUCAUCUGUCACCUGACAAAUCAUAAGAGACCUGUUUCAGUCAGAACUCUAUUUUGCAUUUUGCCUUUGUAGGGCAGUAUCAUUGCUUAUUACAUUUCUGUCAAACAGAAAGAAUUGUCAUCAUUUAAUAUGAUAUAAUUACUUCUUUUAGCAGUUCUCAUCUGUGUCAAAUUUUAGGAUCUUAAUUUUAUGUUAUUGAUCUCUCCAUCUAAUAUAUUUCUUUUCACUCCAUCCUUAUUGUCCUCCUUGAUAUUAUUUCUCUCCACUCCAUCCUUGCAUUCGUGGGGACUCUAAUUUGUCUUUGUAAUUUGCUUUAAGGAUGUAAUUCUAAUUUAUCUAAAAGUGUAUUGCUUUAUUUUGUUUCUUAGUAAUGGAUGUAGUAUACUACCUCCAUUACUUCAAUCUUAUGAGUCAAGUCAAGUCAAAUUUAUUUGUAUAGCGCUUUUCACAACAGCCGUUGUUGCAAAGCAGCUGUACAUGAAAUGAUGCUAUAACAGAAAAUGAAUGAAGAUGAUGCUAAUAUUAGUUAUCCUUAGAACUAUUAGUGGUUAAAAUUAGUAAACUAAGUAAGUGCGUGUGAUUAUAUACAAUGUUUAUCAGUUUAUUUAUUUCAAUAUAUUUUUUGAAAUGGGGAAAAAGUGUAAAAUAUAGUUAUAAUGGGUCUUAUGAUCUUGACAAUUGUGCCAUGUUACGCCAAUUAAAGACAUUAAAUUAGUAGUCUGAGUAACCCCUCCCCCAUCCCAAAUGCCCACCUAUGAUAUCCCCCCAGCCCACCCUAGCAUAGCUGUCGGAAGCCGGGCCUGUUUGUGCACUGUACUCCAAGUCUUCUGAAGCCAUAUGGUAGUAUUGUGUGAGGAAAAUACCUUAAUUUAGGUCAUUAUUCACUGAAAAUCAUGCUCUCCGCUGUCUGCAUCCAUUCAAAUAUGGCACCUUUGGAUGCAAUAAGUCCAGUUUGAUGUCAAAGGCAUUGAGUCUAUUGUGAGUAACAUGACCAAUUACAACACAGCUUGAAUUUAAAGAUGCAGAUGCGUUAAUUUUGGUCCUAGCUAUCGUAUGGCUUCAGAAGACUCGGAAUAUAGCACGUGUCGUAUGGACUACUUUUCAGAAACUUUUUGGUGCUUGUUCAUCAUUUCGUAGCUUGACAACCCAGAUCCCUAUUUAUUUUUAUUAUAUGGAAAAGAGCGAUCAACACAUUCUUCAGCAUUUCUUGUUUUGUGUUCCAUGAAAAAAAGAAAGCCAUUUGGGUUUGGAACAACAUGAGGGUGAGUAAACAACACGGUUUUCAUUUCCAGGUGAUCUAUUCCUUUAAAGUGACGCUUCAAGGUUGGAAAACACACAUUUGCUUGUUAUAAUAUGCUGUUACAUGUGAUAUAUUGAAGGUAGUAUUUUCCAGACAUGGACACAGCAUGUGCCAAAAGCUUAAUGUACUUUGUCACCAUUCUUUUGUGUGUUUUCCUCUGUGUAACUGCUACUUAGUAGAAACACUAUAAUCACUGAAGAUUUCAAAUGUCACAUGAGAAGCUGCUAAUUAAUAUGGCAUUUCAACAAAACAAGGGCGAUAUUGAUGUAUAAAUGAUAAAAUAAAACAAAAGCUGAUGCCCUGAAGGAGGAUGGAGGGAAAACAACACUGAGAUUAAUCCGUUAUUGAUAUAUUAUUUAUUUCUGUCUAAUAGCUUUUUGUGUUUAUGAUACUGAGGUUGUCCAAUACAAUGAAUGGUUGAUCAUUUUAUCCUGGUCAUCAAAAUUAAAUACACAUUAAUCACCAGAGAACUUACAGUAUAAUUCUAACACAAAUAAUGUUCGAAAUAAUGCAGCAAUUGUAAAAACAUGCGUAAUCCCUCGUGGGUGGCUUAUUGCAGAUUUCUGUGUCUGGAUGCAGAUGGUGUCUCUCAUCACUACUGAAGUGCAUUUGGUCUUCUCCACACUCUGUUUGGACAUUAUUGAGAAGUGGUUUUGUGUUUUCCUACUUAGCACGAGGAGAUACUAUACCAAGGACUUAUUAUAACCAGUCAAAAAUAUCUCAAAAUUGGAUGUUUUCCAGUUUAAAGAGCAUACUUUUGUGAUAUAGUUUAGAUCUGUAGUUUGCAGAAACUAACUGAGUUAAUCGUCCAAACGAGUGAGAUGAUUCUGUUGUAUUAUAUCUGCAUGUGGUCUGUGAUUGUUAGCUAGCUAACUUGUUUUCUUUUUCUUUGUUUUUACACACGAAAAAAGCAAGAAAGUAAUGAAAAAGAACAGAAGACGCUUCUUUGUAUUUUUCUUUGUGUUUGUCCUGACUUUCUUUAUUAAUGUCCUUAAAUGUCGAAUUGUGUUCUAUGAAUGUGUUUUAAUUUAUUUGUAGUUUGCCAAAAUUAAGAUUUUGAAGCAUGUCGCUGGCAUUGUCACUGAUUAAAAAAGCGAAAGCAAAAAUAAAUGGAAAAAAAUAUAUAAUUUAUGUAUGUACCUGAAUUGAAAGGAGUCUGGUAUACUGUGUGUAGUGAACUCAGGCUUUCACAGGGUGAAAGGUAAAACUACGAGACAAUGUGUUUUCUGCAUAAACAUCAUGCCAGGAUGUGGUCCAGAGCAAAACCAAACAGGAAUGUGCAAUAAAGGCUGUAGGCUGAUUCCACCCUGCA